GGGACUUGAUAAGCCAGGGGGCAGAGCCAGGCAGCAGCUCUGUCUGCACCUAUCCAGAGAAUCUGCCAUAUGGAGCUGAGCGAGCAGCAAAGAAAAGGAAUAGAGGGACACACAACAGGAGAGUAGAGGUUCUGAGUGACAGCAGGUGACAGGCUGACAGCUCACACUCUCGUGUCACAGAGAAGCUCCGUGAUAAAAGCAGAAAGUCACCUUAUCAGCUGCUGGAGAACGCCCUGGGCAGGGAGGACAUACAAUACCUUCUUCUAUGAUUUUAAAUAUUGAUAAGGGUUAGUAAUACCUGCACAUUGCUACAGAAUGUCCUGUGAUAAUGAAGAAACCAUUGAGCACUCAAUGUAUAACCUCUGUGGACCGGCCCAAGGCUCCACUUCCCAGUUUGGUAGUCUGAAUGGAAAUAGGAAAUCUGCAACCUUGCUGAAAGUCAGGGGGAGCUCAAGCAACAUGCAGUACUCUUCAGUGGCGCUGGGUCCAGAUGCCCUGGUGAAUAAGGGAUCUGGAAUUCCCUGUAACCCCAAGGAAGGCAUGAAGGCUUCAGCCAUCACAGCAAGUGAAGUCCACAGGGCCUGUACAGCAAAGUGUUUCCAUAGCCGUUAUUUAACUAAAACUAGUACACAGGGAAAUGUCUACAACUUCCUGGAGAGGCCCAGUGGAUGGAAGUGUUUUAUCUAUCAUUUUACUGUAUUUCUCUUGGUGUUGAUUUGUUUAAUAUUCAGUGUACUGUCUACUAUAGAGCAUUAUUCUGAAUUUGCCACUGGAACCCUUUUCUGGAUGUAAAUAGUUCUGGUUGUGUUUUUUGGUGCUGAAUAUGUGGUCCGAUUGUGGUCUGCAGGCUGCAGGAGUAAAUAUGUUGGCUUCCAGGGAAGAAUACAUUUUGCCAGAAAGCCAAUAUCGAUCAUCGAUCUAAUUGUGGUAAUAGCCUCGAUUAUUGUACUGAGCAUAGGAUCUAAUGGGCAGGUGUUUGCCACCUCUGCAAUAAGGGGAAUCCGGUUUCUCCAGAUACUUCGCAUGCUUCAUGUAGAUCGGCAGGGAGGCACCUGGAGACUACUAGGAUCAGUUGUUUUCAUACAUCGUCAGGAACUUAUAACAACUUUGUACAUUGGAUUCUUGGGAUUAAUCUUUUCAUCCUAUUUUGUUUAUCUUGCUGAGAAGGAUGCAGUUGAUGAGGAUGGAAAGACAGGUUUCUCCAGCUAUGCUGAUGCUCUUUGGUGGGGUGUGGUAACAGUCACAACAAUUGGUUAUGGAGACAAAGUUCCCCAGACAUGGAUUGGGAAGACAGUUGCUUCCUGUUUCUCGGUAUUUGCUAUAUCUUUCUUUGCUCUACCAGCAGGUAUUCUAGGGUCUGGUUUUGCCCUGAAAGUACAGCAGAAGCAACGUCAGAAGCAUUUCAACAGACAAAUUCCAGCAGCAGCUUCUCUAAUUCAGACACUGUGGCGGUGCUAUGCAGCAGAGAAAUCUUACAGUUCUACAGCAACGUGGAAAAUCUCGCCAUCUAGCCCUAGUCUGAGAAAACAGGCUAGAAGAUCCAAAAGAAAAGGGAAACCAGACUGUGGUAAUGGUUCUGCACCUGUGAUAAACCCAGGAGAGAAUGCCUUAUCUAUUCCACAGAUCACUUAUGAUUAUAUUGAUGAACAAGAAGACAAAAAAGUUGUGUCUUUCUACAUCGAUGAACCAGGAGGUCUUACAAGGAUGUUCAGGCAGUCAGUGGGAAGACGUUUAGAAGGGAACACCCAAGAAAUGUCACGAGCCAACAGCUUCACUGAUGACAUUGACCUUAUAACAGAAGAGUCACCACUGCCAGCUGUAUCUGAUGUGGCACAAUUAACUGAAGCACAUAGAACAGCUGUAAAAGUCAUCAGGAGAAUGAAAUAUUUUGUAGCCAGAAGAAAAUUUCAGCAAGCUCGGAAACCAUAUGAUGUACGCGAUGUGAUUGAACAGUACUCACAAGGACACCUCAAUAUGAUGGUUCGGAUAAAAGAACUUCAAAGAAGAUUGGACCAUUCCCUAGGAAAGCCAGGCCUUUUCCUCCCAGAAAAAGGGGUAGACAAAAGAUACUAUACUAUAGGAGCCAGACUGAUUCGGCUAGAGGAUAAGGUCAUGCAGAUGGACCAGAAGCUAGAUGACAUCCUGACCACGCUCCAAGCUCUCUUUGGGGAUCAGCCUCAGGCAGAGAUGUCAGGGCCAGCCACCCCACCUGUCAGACAGCUACAGACAACCUCGGAUUCCCCACCAAUGAACCGGAAAAAUUAAAAGCCGGAGCACAGCCACAUGCCACCCUCUCAUGCUUUUACAUCUGGUCUUGGUCUCAGGAUUCAGCUGUGUUGUUGGUGAAAUGAAAUAUUCUGCUGUAGUAGAUUAAAUAAAAAAAAGAAAGAGAAGCCGCAGCAAAAAACCAGUCACACCCCUAGGAGAGCACAUAAGUUUUGCACCUGUUUUAUUAGCCAUCAUUAGCUAACCUAUGUCAGCCUGUGGCAGUCCCUUGCAGCCAGCCCCAUUUAGGCUGACUGCAUACACACAGAGUGCUCAGGUAAGGUAAGCAUCCAAGUGAGGAUUAGGAUGACCCAUUCAUGGGCGGAGGGGAAAAAGGGCUGUUUUUUUGGCACUUAAUCACUAAGUUUAAUGCUCACAACAUGCCUAAAAGGGAAAAAAGAGCCAGCAUUUGAACAUGAAACAAAUGGAAAUCAGUGAACAGGAAAAUUAAACAGCAUGUUUUGACUUCUACCAAGCAGUGAGGAUCAUAAGAAGGGCAGAUUUAUAUGCUAGUGUGAAUGACAAAAUAAAGACAACAGGCUACUGAUUAAAAAUAUGGAAGUGUACACAGGCUGGUUGACAUAUGAAAGACUGAAGCAAAGACUUCAGCUAAUUAAAGCAAAGGGUUGCAAAUGAGAUGAGAUGCAUGUUGGAACAGACAGGCAAGAGAGAUAGUAUCUGCGUUGGCUUACUGCACAAGAGCACUCUAAUAGCUAUCAGCUACGCUGAUGACUGUUAUGCAAAAUGUUCUCAAGCUUUUACCUUCAUUCAGGAGUGGUUGUUGACUCCAGUUGCCUUAAUUUUAACAUAAGAAACCUGUACGGUAAUUUGCUGUGAAAUAUCUGUAAAGCUCAGUUCAAGUCACUGAGUAACACAGUGCUGCAGGAGGGCUGCAGCUGUGAUUGAGAAUCGCUGAGUUUCUUAAAGAAAACAAAAAUGCACAUACUGUUGAUGAAAGCUAAUCGCUGUUUAAAUAAACUGCUGCAUAUGAUUUUAAAUGGUGGAUUUUUUUUCUUUGUAAUUUGGUUGUAAAUUGAGUGCUGGCUGAUAUACUGUCAUUGUGAAAUGGGUCCUACCUGGCACACCAGAAAGGGGAUGGUACAACACUGUUGCUAAAUAUGUAAAUACCGAAUUGGGCUUAAAAGUGUGUUGUGUUUUUAUUCAACUCUUUUUAAUAUAUUUACAUAACCAACUGUUUAAAUGAACAGAAGUCUGCAGAGCAAAGACCUGAUUCCUGGGAAAUCCUAAAUAUAUUCUAUUCUCACUGAUAUUUAUGGAAACAAAGCCUGCCUUGCAUUUAACAGCAACCUGAAAGACUGGUCCCUUAAUACUCCUUAAUAAAAUAAGUUUAUUU